AGAACUCUGGACCUGAGGGGAGGUUCCAGUUUGUAGAGCCACAACUGGGGUUGCAGCACAACUGAAUAGGAGUAAGAAUGUCACUGGAUGUAUAGGUGGCCCAGGCACCAAACUAAACCAAACCUGUUGCCCUCCACUCAACUGCGGCUCAUAGCGACCCUACAGGACAGAGUGGAACUGCUACACAAGGUUUCCAAAGAGCAGCUGCUGACCUGAAUCUGCCGAGCUCUUAACUACUGGGCUGGCUCAGGCACCAGAACACAUAAAAGCAUUACCCUCGCCCCAGGAGUCCUAGUGUCAGCCUUUCAUUGGCCCCAAGUUUCUCUUUCUCCUUGUUUUCUUUCCUGCCAAUAAAAAAUUAACUUUCGUUUCUUCCUCAGCUGGUCUGUGGGAACUCCUUUGCGGAGUUCUGGCUGUUCUUUUCCCGGGUGACUUCCGGACCACACAGCUGCCCCUGGUGUGCUUUCUCUUUUCUACUCUGAAUCCGAACUUCUCCACUGGGCGCUGAAGGGUUCCCUAUCACCAGCCUUCCUGUCCCUCCUGCCUGCUAGUCCUUGCUCCAGGAAUGGUCUCAUGUGUAAUCCUAUGAAUGUAUCUUCAUGACCUCCCUCCCUACCAUCCAAAUACAUACACACCUUUAGACUCCUGUCAACAACAUCCUUGCCGUAUUUCCGGGUCAAGUAUUUCAGUCUUCUUGGGCUGUCCUCGAUUUCUGCACAAGUUCCUUUUUUUUUCCCCCUAUAUUUCUAUGAAUUUGUCGAGCAGCCUAAGAGUCUGAGCAAGAAGAGCCUCAGAAGUCAGGACAGGAAGAAUCCAGGGGAGCAGUGCAAUGGCUUCAAAAAUCCUGGUGAACCUAGAGGAGGGAGCAACCUGCCCCAUCUGCUUGGAGCUCCUGAUGGAACCCAUAAGCCUAGAUUGUGGCCACAGCUUCUGCCAAGCCUGUAUCACUGCAGAUAAUAAGAAGUCCAUGGUCAGCCAAGAAAAUGAGAGCAGCUGUCCUGUCUGCCGGAUCAAAUACCAGCCUGGGAACCUACGGUCUAAUCAGCAUCUAGCCAGCAUGGUAGAGAGACUUAAGGAGGUGAAGAUGAGUCUAGAAAAAGAAGAGAAGGAAAAUUACUGUGUCCACCAUGGAGAGAAACUCAGGCUUUUUUGUAAACUGGAUGGGAAGUUCAUUUGCUGGCUUUGUGAGAGGUCUCAGGAGCACCGUGGUCACCCCACAUUCCUUGUGGAGGAGGUUGUCCCGGAGUACCAGAAGAAUCUUCAGGCAGCCUUUGAGAGUCUUAGCAAGGAGCAGAAGAAAGCUGAGAAGUGGAAAGCUGACCUCAGAGAAGAGAGGGACUCCUGGAAGAAAUACAUACAGACUGAGAGACAGAGUGUCCGGGAAAACUUCAGUCAGCUGAGAAGUAUCCUGGACAAUGAGGAGCAGAAGGAGCUGGAGGAGCUGAAGAGCGAGGAGGAGAGUGUUAUGCAGAACCUGUCAGAGGCUGAAAAUGAGCUGGGCCAGCAGAGUGAUGAUGUGAAAAAACUCAUGUCAGAUCUGCAGCAUCGGCUACAAGGGACAACAAUGGAGAUGCUGCAGAACUGGAAGAUGUCCAACGCUACUGGGGUGGAAGACAAGGAAGAAUUGUGCCCAAUUCAAAGUCAAGAAACUUUUAUUGGAGUGGCAGUAAUGAUGAUGAUCGUAUCGUGGGCUGCCCGUAUAUUGAAUCAGGGAAACAUUACUGGGAGGUGGAGGUAUCUGGGAAAACUUCUUGGAUCCUGGGGGUAUGCUCUGACUGAUGCCCUGAAUUCAGUAUGUUAGGUGCUAAACAAGGUGUGUAUCUUCAAGAUGAUUGCUUCAGAUAUCAACCCAAGUAUGGCUACUGGGUUAUAGGGUUAGAGAAUCAAUCUGGGUAUAAAGUUUUUGAGAACCUUUGCCUUGGAUCCCAGAAUUUGAUCUUUUCUCUAGCUGUACCUCCCUGUCGUGUUGGAAUUUUCUUAGACUAUGAGUUUGGCACUGUCUCAUUUUUCAAUGUCACAAACUAUGGGUUCCUCAUCUACAAAUUCUCUAACUGUUGCUUUUCUGGGACUGUCUAUCCUUAUUUCAAUCCAAUGAAAUGUGAAGUUCCCAUGUCCCUGUGCUUACCAAGCUUCUGAACUAUCUCACAGCCUCACCACUUCUGGAUUGUGCCCCUUUUCCUGUGCUAAUUUUCUGCACCUGAGCUCUUUGCCACCAUUCUGACCAUCUCCUCGCUGUCUCCCUUCUUCCCUUUUAAAUGUCCUUUAUUCAUCAAUGGGAUGUCCAAUUUGCCUUGUGCCUUAUUCUUCCCCAUAUCUUGUUUGAUUAGGAAAGAAUCCUAAUCACAUUUCAUAUUCACAAGCAAAAAUGAUGAAUCCUUCCUAAGGUAAGACCAGGAUUGGGUAAUACCUCUGCCAACUCUAAAAUCCCUCAUUUCCUCUGUCACUGACCUGAGAUGAGGCAAAACUUGUCCACCAUCCUUCUAUGUUAUUAUAGACUGUGUAUAAAAGUCAUUCCCUAAAGAAAGACUCCUUAGGACUGUGUCAGUUUACCCAUGAUGCUCAUAUUCACCAAAGAGUUAAGGAGAAAAGAGCAUAAGUAAUAUAUUUACCAAGAGUGGAAGUUUUUUGUUCAUACUGUCUGAGUUCAAACUCUUUCUGCAUAUUAGCUGUGUAACCUUGAAUACCCAGUGCCGUCAAGUCGUUAAGAUGCUUAAAUGGCCAUGUUUAUUUUCUAAAACCAUUUUAUAAUAAAAGCUGUACCUAAUACUUAAAAUCGUUGUGCAAGUCUAAAUAUCAUUAAAUGUAAAACACCUGUCUAUCUCAAUGUCGUAAUAAAUAUUUGCUGUACUUACUACUGAAAAAUUUUGUUUUGUUUUGUUUUUCUUACUACUGAAAAAUAUAAUCUGUGUCAGUGUCCCCUGCAACUGGUGCAUGCCUACAAGAGGACUAUAGAUGACUAAU